GAAAAUCAUGCGACUCACUCAACGCGCAGCUGAUAUUGUUGCACACACAAAACGCUCCACUUGGUCUCCUUUUAGGCGAUUUAAUUGCCCUGUUCUCGUCGUUUGUGGCAUACAUUAAAACCAGGCAAGGCAACUAAGUAUUCGCAAGUGCCCCAGUGUCUUGUUGUUCGUGCCACCCGGUGUGUCUGUGUGUGUGUUUGUUUGUGUUUUGAUGGUCACGUGGUCAGUUCAAAGUUGGCUUUCGGCCACAACUACUGCCUUCUUGUGCGUGACAAAAGUCCAGCAACAGUAGCAACAAUAAACAGCAACAACAAAUGCAAUAAAGGAUUAUCCUGCGUGGGACAAAUUUAAAUUGUUCGCCAGCUGCUGCCAGUGGAAAAAGCGAAGCGAAGAGACCGGAGAAAAUCGAAAAUGUGCUUCCAUUAGGAGGAAAACUCGGGGAGAGAGAAGAAAGAAAAACUGCAGCGCCAAAUCUGCAAACCAAAUCCAACUUAAGUCACAUCAAAUUAAAAUCAACAACCCGGCGAAGGGUGAAAGGAGAAAUUAUAAGAGAAAUAUAUAUAUACCUAUAGACAGAGAAAAGGACGGGGGAAAAUGAAGUGCAAUAAAAGUCAAAUGGCCACGUUAACAAUGUGGAAAAUUUUUAUGGCCCUGCUCCUGGCGAUGGAACUGCUAAUGCCGCUCACAUUAGCGCGCCUGCAUUCCACUUCCGGUCUAGGAAUUUCCGGCGGAGGAGGUCCUGGCAGCGGAGGAUCCAGCGGCAGUGGGGGCUCAUCCUCCAAAGAUUCACACGUGAAAACGAAGGACAUUGAUGCCGUCGAGGGGAAAUCAGUGUCACUGCCCUGCCCCAUCACCGAGCCACUGGAUAAUGUGUAUAUGGUGCUCUGGUUCCGCGAUAACGCCGGCAUACCGCUCUAUAGCUUCGAUGUGCGCGAUAAGGAGAGCCGCGAACAGCCCCGACAUUGGUCCGCCCCGGAGGUUUUUGGCUCACGUGCCAAAUUCCAUUUUGACUCGCAGCCAGCAACCUUGGAAAUUAAGGAUAUCAAGCGACAUGAUCAGGGUAUUUACCGAUGUCGUGUGGAUUUUCGCACCAGUCAAACGCAAAGUUUCCGUUUCAAUUUGUCAGUAAUAAUACUUCCGGAGCAGCCAAUCAUCCUGGACCGAUGGGGUCGUCAGCUGAAUGGCACUCAAUUGGGGCCGAAACAGGAGGGCGAUGAUAUCGUUAUCACUUGUCGUGUGGUGGGCGGUCGGCCGCAACCGCAGGUCCGUUGGCUCGUAAAUGGACUGCUUGUCGACAAUCAAAACGAGCACAAUUCCGGCGAUGUUAUCGAGAACCGUCUGUUGUGGCCAUCGGUGCAGCGCAACGAUUUGAAUUCCGUAUUCACAUGUCAGGCACUGAAUACGCAAUUAGAUAAACCCAAGGAGAAGAGCUUCAUACUGGAUAUGCACCUGAAGCCCCUGGUGGUGAAAAUCCUGGAGCCGCCCAACUCGAUGAUAGCCGAUCGUCGCUACGAGGUGACCUGUGAAUCCUCUGGCUCUCGGCCGAAUGCCAUCAUCACCUGGUACAAGGGAAAACGGCAAUUACGACGUACAAAGGACGACAUAUCAAAGAACUCGACACGCUCCGAGCUGAGCUUUGUGCCGACCACAGACGACGAUGGCAAAUCGAUAACAUGCCGUGCGGAAAAUCCAAAUGUGAAUGGCCUGUAUUUGGAGACCAUGUGGAAAUUGAAUGUCGUUUAUCCUCCCCUGGUGACGUUACGCUUGGGCUCAACUUUGACACCGGAUGAUAUCAAGGAAGGCGACGAUGUUUACUUCGAGUGUCACGUACAAUCGAAUCCUCAAUGGCGGAAACUGUUGUGGUUGCAUAAUGGAAUCCAUCUGGAGCAUAAUACAUCCGCCCGGGUCAUCCGUUCGAAUCAGAGCCUGGUACUGCAGAAGAUUACGAAGCACUAUGCGGGGAACUAUGCGUGCAGUGCCAUCAACGACGAGGGCGAGACGGUCAGCAAUCAGCUGCCACUGCGGGUGAAAUACACGCCCAUUUGCAAGCACUCCGACCGCGUGAUAUUAAUUGGCGCCUCCAAGGACGAGACUGUUGAGGUUGUGUGCGAAAUUCAAGCCGAUCCGCCGCCGCGGACUUUUCGCUGGAAAUUCAACAACUCGGGCGAAACUCUGGACGUGGGCAGCGAGCGAUUCAGCGUGAACGGCAGCCGCAGCAUUUUAAAGUACACACCGGUCACAGAUCAGGAUUAUGGCACACUGUCGUGCUGGGCCUCCAACGAGGUGGGCACCCAGCAGCAUCCCUGCCUCUUCCAAGUGGUCCUGGCCGCCCUGCCGAAUGCCGUCAGCAAUUGUACCGUCUUCAACCGAACUGAGCUGAGUGUUGACAUACAGUGCAUACCGGGCUAUGACGGCGGCCUGCCGCAAAUAUUUGUACUGGAAAUGUUUUCAACACGCACCGGCAUCACCAGAUUCAAUUUGAGCAACGCCGAGGAGGCACUAUUUUCGCUGGAGAACCUGGACACCCUGACCUCGAUGAUGGUCCAGGAGAACAACUCGCUGCGGCUCCGCAUCUAUUCGUACAACCAGAAGGGCCGCAGCGCCGCUUAUCUGCUGCCCGAUUUCAUAAUUGGCUCAACAGCUUACAAGACAGACGACGAUGUAACACUGACAUUGUCGCCGGUGAUUGUCGGCAGUGUCCUGACGAUCAUAAUUAUUGGUGUGGCCAUCGCGAUACGAAUAUUCGUGGUGACAUUUGUGCACAAUUUGCGGAGGAAUCGUCAUCACGGCAGCAAGGCCACCGCCGCCGGAGUUACGGCCCAGCCGAGUGAUGUCUUUAAGGGCGGAAACUUGGAGAAGCCGCGCUGGCAGCACACGGACAUAAAAACGAAAUCAUCAGAGGAUUUGGUUGAGGACGAACGUGAUCCGGACGUAAUACCAUCGCAAUAUGUCGGCGGCAGCAGCGCCGGCAGCAGUGGCAGCAACGCCUCCAAUGUGGGCAGCACCACCGCCGGCACCGCCACAGGGAGCAGCACCUCCACGGCGGUGGUGUCCUCGGUAUCGGUGGCCAACACAAACACGGCAUCAGCAGCCGCAGCAGGAGGAUCGGUGGGAGGAGCUGGGGCAUCUGCCACAGAUGGCCAUCAGUUCGCAUCGGCUACAUCGGGAGGCGGCGUUUCCAAGUGGUCACCGAAUGGCAAUGUGACGACGACGAUGCUGUCCGGCGAUGCGGUGAAUGCAACUGUCACCUACAAUCAGAUCAACGCGCAGCGGGCGCAGCUCCUGGCGGCGGUGGCGGCAGUGGGUGGUGGCUGCAGCAGCACCGUAAUCUCGCCCAGCAGCAGCAUCCUGGGCGGCCUUGGCAAGCCGCUUGGCAUGGGAAUGGGCGGGGGAAUGGGCGUGGGCAUGGGCAUGGGGCUGGGAAUGGGUGGCACAGUCAUUGGGUCACCCACCUCGCUCUCCUCGACGGCCACGUUGGCGGCCCACCUGCAGCCGGUGCACAGCAGUGGGGUGGGUGGCACUCUGCCGCCGGGACUGGGAAGCGGCGGUGGUUACAUCAUGAACGCCUAUGCCAGCGGACGGCUGCACCACCCACCGGGGGGUGGUGGUUCAACGGGUCACACGGCCACCCUGAACAGGCACCACCACCAGCAGCAGCAGCACCACCUCCACCAUCAUCCCACGCACCACCAGCAGCCACCACCGCACCACUCCGGCUCCAGUCUCCUGAUGGGAAGUGCCGGCAGUGUCAUGGGCGUGGUGGGAUCCACCACGACGGCCACCACGUCGUGCAACUCAUCGCAGGAUCUGGACGACAACAUCAACAUAAAUGCGAUUAAGGACUGCCUGAUGACGCAGCGAGUGCCCGAGAGCUGUGUCUAAAUCGGGGAGUUCGAUAUGGCGGAUAUAUGUAUUUAUUGUGUAGGAAUAUAAAUCUAUGUCAGACGGAAUUGUGGCAGUUUUCACAUUCAUUCAUUUUUUAUGCAUUUUUUUAGCCUUAUUUAAUUAUAGAUUUAUGGCCACUACUCUAUUUAAAAUGUUUUAUAAUUAGCUCUCAUUAUAUGACAAAUUUAUCGCUUAAUAUAUUUCAUUUAAUUUAAAUUUAAAUCCUAAUAAUCAUUUAAUCACAUUUUAAUGAAAGUAAAAAUUGCUACAGUUCCGUUAUCUUCUCGUUAAGGUGCUGUGCAUAUAUAAUCUAGACAUUAGGCAACCGAUCAGUAACUGAAAGAAAACCCGUCAUAUCUUCUGGUUCAAUAGCAUAUCCCUUGUUAUAUCAACUAAAAAAGAAGGAAAUGAAUUCAUAAUCAUGGGAACUUUUGGAAGAUUUAUUCAAUUCAUUGUAAAAUUCGAAACAGGCUUAAGAAACAUAUUCUCAAUGCCCAGCAUUUUUUAAGAAUUUAAAAACCAGGCAAAGAUAUGAAAACUUACAACUGAUAUUUUCAAGAAAAAGUCUUCUUUUCGGAAAAUCAAUAAAAAACGAUAAGGGAUGAAGAACACUUUACAACACAGUUAAACCACACACUUUAAUUUAAGGAAACUUCAAAAAGACUCAAACGAUUUAGUAGCUAAAUAUUUUGUAGCUAAAAUAUUUCCAGAAAUGAAAGGUAAAUAUCAUAGGAGUACUUGUACAUAAAAUAUAUUCGUGGCAUUAAGAAUAGGUAAAUUGUAUAAAGAGAAUACUAAUCAGACCCAAAGCGACCCUUUGUUGUUGUACAUAAUAUAUUGAUGAUUGUAAAUUAAUCAAAGUUUAUGUUUGAAAUGCCGUCUUGAUCGGCCAAUGGUCCUGCUUAGAGCUAAAAAAUAAAUACUGAAGUUAAAUGUUUAGAGUGGAAAGCGUUAGACCUAAGCUAAGCUAGACGAUAGAAAAUGAAAGAGUUUAAACUGUGCUAGGCUAACAGAAAUAAGCAUAAAUAUCAAUAAAUAUGUUUAGCUAAGUGGAAGGAUAUUGUGAAAAAAACAAAAUUAAGUGUUUGGAAUGUAAACAAAGGGCGAAAAGUAAAUAUAG